AUGAAAUUCAGAAUUGUUGUAAGGUGUCUGGAAAAGGCGACCACCAUGUUGAGACAUCAAAACCCAAGUGGAAUUUCAUACUCCGUCAGAAGGACCAUUAAAACUGGAACAAAGAACCAGCCUACUCUUUUGCCAGUUCAUGGAUUUGUCUUUGAUUUGGAUGGUACACUUACUCUACCAGUCUUGGAUUUUACUUUGCUUCGAAGUAACCUUCAGUGUCCUAAAGGAACAGACAUUUUGGAAUUCUGCAAUUCAAAAUCUGGGAGGGAUAAAGAAAUAGCCCUCAAGUUGGUUGAGAAGUUUGAAGAAGAAGGACGACAAAACACAAAACUUCAACCUGGUGUCUUUGAACUUCUCAAAUUUUUGUCACAGCAUGGAUUGAAAAGAGCUCUUAUCACAAGAAAUCUGCAGCCCUCUGUAGAUCAGUUCCUGGACUUGAUGGGUGAUCCAGCUAAUUAUGGUGGACCAUUUACUCAUGUAAGCAGCAUUCUUAGCAUGCAAAACCAGCCCGUCUCUCCUUGCUCCUUGCUGCUUGGGUUUUUUGCGGGAAAGAGAGAUUUCACAUCAUCAGUAUUUAAUUUCUGUUGCUGAGGUGCAGACCUCUCCUGUGAAACAUUCUUAACAGUGAACAGCGUGGAGAGAUGGCUGUUUUUGCAGGCUACACCAUUCUACCAAAUACGUAGUGAUCAAACAUGUGAGCAGAGCCUUUUUUACUUCUUACAAUAAUUGUAAGAAGUAAUAAAAGUCUCUGCUCACAUGUUGGAUUAGAAUUAUUCUUGAGUAAGGAAGAAUCUUUUUCGUAAAGUAUCAGUGAACAAAGGCUCUGCUCAUACAGUGGUAAUCUUGCUAGCUAAUCUUUCUCACAAAUGAACAUGACUUCUUUGUUUAGAACACAACAGUAUAAACUUUAUAUAAGUAAGUUAUGAACUAAAGCUAGUAAAGUACAGUGAGUAUGUCAGUUUUUUAUCAUUCACUUCUGAAUGACUAUUUUGGAGAGGCUAUUUUCGCAGUUGGGAUGCAAAUUGGUGGCCAUUUCAUUUAUGGAGAGGUGACCACUCCCAGGUUUCAACAUCUAUAUCAAAGCUCUUCACUGUACAGAGGUUACUGGGAUGUUGUGCAGAUCAAUGUAUCAGGCACGCUAUAAGGUUUGGCAAGAGUAGAAAGUGAGGAUAGAAAUUAUGUUAUCUAGAAAACCAAAAAAUCAAAGGUGCCGUUAUUAUCUCCUAGCCUAAUGUCAACUUUAUGAGUUGUUACUGUCCCCUAGACUUAAACAUUUGCCUUAAUCAGUGCAGUCAAUACAUGGACAGUCCCAGUCUGUAUUAAUCCAGAAGAUGACCAGCCUCCCAACUUGACAGACGAACAGUAUUGGCCAUUCUUUUUAAACUACUGCAACAGUAGUUGUGGGACAUCAUGGUAGUGCUUUUUAAUUUCUGUUUGUAUUUAUGUCUUUUCAAUAUAGUUUGUUUGUGUGACCUGUUCGGCAAUUAACAUAAAUGGUGUACUGGUUCAAUAUUAGUGUAAUAAAAAGAACAGCUUUGAAAUAAUAAUAUUAUUAUCAUUUCAUUGCUGUUCUGUAGCUGUAAUAUUUUUAAUCAACUCUGCCAUUGGUUUUUAAGGUUUGGCCUUAUAGUCCAGUAAAAUAUGCAAACCCCACAUUACCACCUUACAAAUGUUUUUAAGAUUUGUUUUCUUUUUCCUAUUAGUCUCUUACGCGAGAUUUUACUCCACCCAAACCCGACCCCGCCCCUCUUUUGUACAUUUGUGAGCAGUGGGGAGUGCACCCAAGAAAUGUAGUGAUGGUUGGUGAUCAUCUUCAUGAUAUACAAUGUGGAAAGGAUGCAGGUUCAGGUACACAUUCUUACAGUAAUACAGUGGAACUUUGUUAUACAGACACCAAGGGGCAUGCCAUUAUGUCUGUAUUAAGCGGGCUGUAAGAAAAAAACGUCCUGGCACAGACACAUUUUUUGUUGAUAUUGAGAUACAACGGAGCAGUGAUUGAAGCAGAAAGCCAAGGAAGUGAAGCUCGUGUAUUUAAAUAGGAGGCAGAAAACUUAAAUAAAGGACCACAGUACAAUGGUCAAACACCUGAGGAAAGACAGAGUGAACAAAAUAAAACCUGUCACCCUAUCUCACUACUGUUUUUUGGCUGUGAAAUUGUAUCAGUCUGUAGAAAUCUUUCAUUAUUUGAGUAGGGUAUAAUGUUCACAAUUGGCACCCAAUGAAAAUAGACAGUGCAGAGAUGCUAGACUGCUUGCAGUCCGCCUUUUCUCUUAAAAUCUGCCUAGUUCUUAUCUCAACCAGCACGAUUGCAAACCACGACGAUAUGUCACAAAAGGGAUUGGGACCAGACGAGAAAAGACAGACUGCAGACUCUUUUGUAGUAAACAAACCCUCCAUUAGCCCAGAAACGGAGUAACCGAUUGGUCAAUUUUACAGCUGUUGACAGAUCAUUGACUGGUCUGUUUUGGAGAUGCAAGCAAUAAAAAUAAUCAUGCGUCACAACUAACUACAAACAAUUACCAACUUAGCGGUAAUGGCUUGUAAACUAAAACGUUUAAUGAUACCUUAAGUACAGAAGGAAAUUCACGGCAAUCUUACUGGAUUUUAAAAAAGUAAAAAUUUUCAGUGGUUUAUGUUCUAUUUAUAAAUUGUUUCAAGUUAAUUGGGUUUAAUUGGUUAAUUAAAUUACCUUGUCAGCUUUGUUGUCACCAGACAGAACAAAAGAGCCAGCAGUCUCUUACUUUUUCUUCUCUGGCUGAUGCCCUCGUUUAUCGCAGCUUACAGCUUCGCCGUCCGCGUUCUUGGGUGCAGUAACUUAGCAAAGAAAACUAAGUGACUGCUUGCAGUCAAAGAUGCCCAGCCACAGAAAAGUAUCCAUUGUCUGGAUUAGAAUGGUGUCUGCAUAUUAAGCGGGUUACUAAUUUUGGGGAAGAGAUUUUGUCAGAACAAACUAAACUGACCAUUAUAUACAGGUGUCUGUAGAGGAGGGUUCCACUGCAAUAACUUUAUUAGAGUCUGAAAAAACCCCUAGCUUAGAACACAAGAGCUUCAGGGAGACAACUCUGGAAAGUCAAGAUUCCAAAUCUUUAUUCAAACAUUUAGUGAAAAGAAUGUUUUAGUGAAGCUCCAAUCCCCUUAACCCCACAGACUCAACCACAUUUUGGAGUCUCAUGCCCUAGAGCGACUGGAAAAGGAUAUCUUAGUAUCAAGGUUGCCCAAGCUGGCCCAGAUGAUAGAGUAGUAAUUAGCUUGGCAGACGAAUGCUGUUAUCAUUCUUUGCAAAUUUUUCUUCCUUUUCAUCGGCAGAGAGCCCACCGUGUGACCUGCAAAUAACUUCCUACAAAUAAUGGUCUGCUGACAUGCACAAUGUCAUCCAACUGUGUUUGGCUGUAAAUAAUAUUCUAGUCAUUUGUAAAUGAAACCACCACUUUUGUCCUUCUUGUGAUUGCUCUUGAGUGAAAAUGGCAGAUCGCUUCGCUUCGCAAAGAUAGUCAUUAACAAACAAUGAUAAAACAAUUAUUGAACUCAGUUAUUACAAAAUAUAGUUAUUUGUCAGUGUCUUGCAGAUCAAUUAUUUGCCUCAGCCUUCUGCUUCAGCAAAUAAGUGAUCUGCUCCCCACUGACAAAUCACGAUAUUUUGCCCAACCUCAUCCAAUAAUUGUUGAUUUUCCUUUAAAAUAAUCAUUCAUUUGAUAAUGCUUCUUAUUUUAGUAACAGUGCUGCUAAAUGAUUCUAAGAAUGCUGAUUUCAAGAAAUAUGCAGACUUCAAUGUCGACUCAUUGCAGGGGAUUAUCACAUUA